CAGGGAAUUACCGAAUACUGGCAAUUGGGCGCCCCUUUGGGAGUAUCAACGAGAUAACCGCACCGAUGCACGGUAGUUGUGACCAAUUCUAUUCCCUGGAGGUGUGGAACCCCCAUCCCUCUCGUCAACUUGAAGGCGCAAGUUGCAACCCAAGUGCCUAUUCCUCUGCGCGCGGUUGCUUCAAAAGCCCGCUCAUCUGAAAUCUGCAGAUCUUUCAGUGAAAAGCAAUGUCGAAGGUUUUGUGAGGACAGGGGCAUGCGUGCGAGCGUUCGUCACCGGCUGCACUAAUCGGUUCGGAGACGCGCAGUUUUCAAACUAACGUGCCGUCAAAGGUACGCGAGUUCGUCGCUUAAUCGUGUAUUAGAUGCUGAGGGUGGAGUUUUUGGUUUUCCAAUUGCCGAAGUGGUGAGCGGUGUUGCUCAUUUUGUGGGCUGAAGAGAUCUACUUCAGCAAACAGAAAAGUGAAGGUGUUGCUGUUACCUAUCGCUCUCGCCGUGAAACCAUGGCCGAGAAUGGUCGAAAGAAAUCGUCGGAGGUCCAAAAGCUAAGUGAUCCUAAUUUCUUGGUGGAAGUUGGAGUGGGUCCUCCGACGCCAACAUUAGUUCCGCAAAGGCCAGGGACAGGAGUAGUUGUGGGAGGCCAGUAUGCCGAUGAGGUGAAAAGGUUCAUCUGGAAGAAAGCACAUUUUAGUCUAGAUGACAACCGGAUAUUCGAUAAGAAUGGACGCUUGGUGGCCGUCUCUUACCACUGGGGAAAGAACCCGUACGAGAGCUUAGACCCUUUGAAUGUUAUUCCAGAUAAUCCAGUGGGAGAGUGGGAAUCCGUUUGCUACAUCUCAGGAUACGACGGAAUGCCUCAAUUAAAAGUAAGGCCCGCGGCCUGGUCCUUGCACGGCAGACAGUACAUUUACGACUGCAAUGGCGAGAGAAGUUACUGUAACAUAGCCAGCGUCUCGAGGCUGAAAACUAUGUCCGUCCGACGCAACUUUGCGGUCUUCGCCGGAGACGAAGACUCAGAGCCCACGUACACCGUCCUGGUUGACCUAGCGGGGCGAACGAUGCAGCUGGUGAAUGCAAAUGAGGAGCGCGUGGCGGUGUUCACGAAAUCGGUGGAGACGCUGAUUCUGAACGCUACUUUGGGGGUGGGAUCGGAGUUCACCAUCGAUGUAGCACCGGGGGUGGACUGGACGGCCAUGCUGGCCAUCUGCAUCGGGUUGAACCAAGUGGGAAAAAGCUAUCAGAAGGACGCGAUGAACAACUUCCUGGUAGACCCAGCGAAGGAUGCGGCCAUGGGCUACGCUUUGAACGAGGCCCUCUUGGUCGCAGACGGAAUUCAAUCGGGUGAAAUCGAGGUGCCCGAACUCGGUGAAAUCGAGGUGCCUGAAAUCGAGGUACCCGAAGUCGAAGUACCGGAGGAAGUAUCUAGUUUCUUUGGAACUGUUAUGGAAUCCUUACUUAGUGCGUUAGCAGAAGAAUAGAACCUGCCACUGUUGCUCCAGCCAUGUUGUGUGGCAAUUGCCUACAAUUGCUAUAGAAUGUACAUUCCCUUCCAACAAGAUAGAAAAUUUCGAGUAAACAAAUGCAAAGCAUGAAUUUCGAGCAGCGUAUGAUACGACGGUUGUUGCUAGUUGUACAAAGAAAGGCUGCAACAUAAAUUCCACGUGUACGGUAUCAUACAUUUAAUAUUGGGUUUCCAUUAUCUUUUGAAAGUA